GAGCAAGCCGCCCCUGGCGGAACCUUUGAAGACCGGAACCAAAGUGCGGCACGGCGUUGGUGACCACUGGAGAGCUGUUUUGGUAGAGGAGGCUCGACGGGUGCAGUUCCGGCGGGAAAGCGCGGCUUCGGGUCCCGUCAUGAACCGACAGAAUUUUCGACCUCCGACUCCUCCGUACCCCGGCCCGGGAGUAGGGAAUUGGGGCAGCGGGAGCAGCUUCCGAGGUACCCCGGGCGGAGGCGGACCGCGGCCGCCGUCCCCUCGGGACGGGUACGGGAGCCCGCACCACACGCCGCCGUACGGACCGCGGUCUCGGCCUUACGGAAGCGGCCACUCUCCGCGCCACGGCAGCGGCUUCUCGGGGGGCCGGUUCGGGUCCCCGUCUCCCGGCGGCUACCCCGGCUCCUUCUCCAAGUCCCCCGCGGGGUCGCAGCAGCCGUUCGGCUACUCCCCGGGGCAGCAGCAGACCCACCCCCAGGGUUCUCCAAGAACAUCUACACCAUUUGGAUCAGGGCGUGGUAGAGAAAAAAGAAUAUCUAAUGAUUUGGAAAAUUAUUUCAAGCCUUCAAUGCUUGAAGACCCUUGGGCUGGCCUAGAACCCGUGUCUGUAGUGGAUAUAAGCCACCAGUACAGCAAUACUCAAACAUUCACAGGCAAAAAAGGAAGAUACUUUUCUUAAUAUUUGUGAAACUCAUCUGGAAGCGUCAAGUGUCAGAAUCAUCUGGGACAGAACUUUUACUUGUGUAAUUAAGUUGUACCCAAAGAUGAUGACUUUGAAUAAUUAUAGAGCCACCUUGGUAUUUUUCAUCAUACCAGGCGUUGUUGGUAUUAGAGCAGAAGAUAGGAUAUUUUCAGUAUUUGGCUCUCUGGAAGUGCCUACCACACUUUAGAAGAUUUACAGUUUCCAUAUACUUCAUAUUCCUGGAUAAAUAAUGGACAUUUGUCUCAAUGUUUUUCCAGUGUUCUAAAAUAAAACAUUUUGUAUUUCUUACUGUA